CUGAAGUGGUUAAUCGCUACAUUACAUGGCAUUACAACGUGCAUAGUUCUUACAUAUGUAUGUAUAUACAUACAUACUAUUAAAGAAUAAAUAAACAAUAAAUAAAUACAGGCUUAUAAAUAAAAUACUUACUCGUAUCAUAAACAGCCCACAAGUGCACCGUUACAUUUCGAUUUGCAUACAUACAUACAUGUAUUCGUAAAUACAUACAUACAUACAUACAUAUGUACAUAAAUUAAGCCUCGCGUAUUGAAAGUGAAAAUGCCACAAGAACGCCAAACCCAAGCCAUAAAUGGCAAUGUGAAUGACAAAUACGGACGACCUGCCACGCCAGUUGCAACCUUUACAAAUGCUGGAUUUACCAACGACGAACACGGCACUGAGACGAUAUUUCGUCGCAAAAGUGGAAAUUCGAAUGGUCUGCAGCUUGCGGAGAGCGGUAGCGCGAAAGUAACAGCUACACAAAAUCCGCCGCCCUUGGACUUUGAUGACAUUUUGCCAAUGAUUGGAGAAUUUGGAAAAUACCAGAAGAUUUUGUUCCUUCUGAUGAUACCUUUCGCUACAUUUGUUGCAUUUGUUUAUUUUUCGCAAAUUUUUAUGACUUUGGUGCCGGAACAACAUUGGUGUCAUGUGCCAGAACUUGAAACUUUAACUGUCGAAGAAAGAUUAGCCCUCUCAGUGCCGAGUAUGCGCGGAAUUAGAGAAUAUGACAAUUGCUUGAUGUAUGAUGUGAAUUAUACCGACGUCUUGGCUAAAGGCAUGCGCAAAGCUGACCCAAACUGGCCGGUAGUGGGUUGUCGCCAAGGCUGGUCAUAUAACUUUACUGAUUAUCCAUACGCCACGGUCGCAACCGAGCAGAAUUGGGUUUGUGAGCAUGAUGCCCUUCCUACAUACGCUCAAUCGAUUUUCUUCCUGGGUGCUAUUGUUGGUGGUUUACUCUUCGGUUGGAUCGCGGAUAAAUUCGGUCGUGUGCCCGCAUUAAUUGGCUGUAAUUUGGUUGGUUUUGCGGCAGGCGUGGGCACAGCAUUCACCACAAAUUUUUGGCAAUUUGCCUUGAUGCGAUUCUUCGUGGGAUUCGCUUUCGAUAAUUGCUUCACGAUGAUGUAUAUUCUAGUACUUGAAUAUGUCGGUCCUAGAUAUCGCACAUUUGUGGCGAACAUGUCAAUAGCUUUAUUUUUUACGGCCGCAGCCUGUUUAUUACCCUGGAUUGCCUAUUUUAUUGCAAACUGGAAGUUGUUUGCUAUUGCCACCUCUGCCCCACUAAUUUUGGUUGUGUUAACUCCCCUUGUUAUUCCAGAGUCGGCAAGAUGGCUUGUAUCGCAAGGCAAAGUGGAACAGGCUAUAUCUAUACUGAAGAGGCUCGAGAAAGUGAAUGGAAAACACGUACCCAUGGAUACAUACCAAGCUUUUAGUGCUAGUUGCUUGAAAUUGAAACAAGAAGAGUCUAAAAAUAGUAGUUAUUCAAUUUUAGAUCUUUUUAAAACGCCCCGUUUGCGACGGACCACAAUUCUACUCAUUGUCAUUUGGAUGGCAAUUUCGCUAGUAUUUGACGGUCAUGUACGGAAUGUAAGCUCUCUGGGAGUGAACGUAUUUUUCACCUUUACCGUAGCUUGCUUCACAGAGUUCCCAGCAGAUACUAUCCUAACGCUUAUACUAGACAAAUGGGGACGUCGUUGGUUGGCAUGUGGAUCUAUGAUUGCCAGUGGCAUUUUCAGUUUGCUCGCAACACUUGUUCCACCUGGAAUUUACUUUGCUUCUUUAGCUAUUAUGGGUCGCUUCUUUGUUAAUAUUUCAUACAAUAUUGGUUUGCAAUAUGCUGCUGAAAUUUUGCCUACCGUUGUCCGAGCUCAAGGAGUCGCUUUUAUUCACAUUAUGGGAUAUGUUGCGAGCAUUAUAGCUCCCUUUGUUGUAUAUUUAGAAAAGGUUUCCCCGGCCCUUCCACUGGUAAUUUUGGGCGUUCUAGGAAUCAUUGGCGGAAUACUGGCUUUACUACUGCCAGAAACGCUUAAUCAUGAUCUUCCUCAAACGCUUACAGAUGGUGAAGACUUCGGACGGGGGCAGAGCAUAUGGGACUUCCCGUGUUUGGCAAAAAAAUUGGAUGAAUGCACCGACUUAGAAGUGAGACCACAAAGUUUUGCCCGCUCAACACAAACCGGCGCAUCGCUCCGAUCUUCCAGUGGGGAACUACGGUCGAGCAUUUUAAGAAGAUCAGCUAAUUCCCGUUACUCAUCAAAACUAUGAAUACGUUCAAAUAUUUUGCUAGGUUAAAAAUUUCAUAAGUACAUUUGAAGCAAAGCUUCUCAAACGUUGUUCAAGAAGUUGAUUGAGUCCAUACACUUGUGAUAUUAGGAAUAAGUAUACGGGACAAAAGCAUUUUAAUAAAGUGUAGAGUUGUAAUGGUGCAACAUUAUUAAAACUAUUGCAUAUUGUUCACUGAAGUAUUUAAUAAAUAAAUAAA